AUGGAAAUGGAAUCGACUAGUGAUGCUGACAAAAAAUGUGACUCUUCAAAAGACGAUGUGUGUGUUUCUAUCCCUCCAGCUCCAAAACACAAUCAGCCAUUUACAAUUGUUGAAAAUGAAGGCUUUCGCAGUUUGAUUAAAGUUCUUGCGCCACAUUAUGAACUUCCUAGUGAAACAACGUUAACUCGACGGGUUGAUGAUAAAUACGCAGCAUUAUCAACAGUCUUCAAAGCUAAGUUGUCAAAUAUUGAAUACGUUACUCUUACUACCGACAUGUGGUCUGAAACAAUGAGCAUGAGAAGUUUUUUAGGAAUAACAGCACACUUCGGUGAAGAACACAUAGCUGAAAUGCUGCUGAAUACUUGUGCUGAAUGGGGUAUAGAUAGUGACAAAGUUUCAGCUGUAAUCACAGAUAAUGCAGCUCACAUGGUGAAAGCUGUUGAUUUAGCUUUUGGAAAAAAGCAUAUACCAUGUUUUGCACAUACGUUGAAUUUGGUUGCACAAAAUGCUGUACAGCAGUGCACUAAUCUGCAAAACUUGAUAACCAAACUAAAAGAGAUAGUAACUUGGUUUAAACAAAGCAAUGUACCCAGUAUCGAAUUACGUGAAGCAACCCAGAAAGAAACGAAAUUGAUACAAGAGGUCCCAACGAGAUGGAACAGUACUUAUUUCAUGAUCGAGCGAUUUUUGGAGCUUCGCAGCGUCGUCAAUAAUGUAAUCAUUCGUCAUAAAAAUGCACCACCGAUGCUAACUGCAUCAGAAUUAUCUAUUCUUUCUUCGGUUCUACAAAUUCUGCGACCGAUUGAAGCUGCAACUAAGGAAGUGUCAGGUGAUAAGUACUGCACUAGCAGCAAAGUAAUACCCCUUAUCCAUUGUCUUCUUUUAAAAGUUAAACCGCUUCAAGUCGAAGAGUCUCUUGCCCAAGAAUUGCAGUCAUUGAUCCUGAAAGAGAUUGACAAGAGAAUGGGUGUGAUAGAGAGAGUAACUCCUCUCGCUAUAGCCACAAUCUUGGACCCCAGGUUUAAGAAAAUGCAUUUCACGGACUCACUUGCUUGCCCCAUGGCUGUUUCAAAAAUCAAGGAAAUGAUGAAAAGUAUAGUACAAAAUGAGUCUGUGGAAUCUGAUUCGUCAGAUCUGUCUGAUAAACCAGAAGAAUAA